ACAAAAACACAUAAAACCCUUCACCCAAAAAACCAGUCCCCCUCAUUAUUUUUCACCUUUUACCAUUCUCAAAACUCAACCGCCCAAAAACCACAAAACCCAGAUUCCCCACUGCCUCCUCCAUUUCUGGUUUCUCCAAAGUAACCCACUUUUGAUUUUCCUCAUUAUAUGAAUCCCAUUUCUCCAAAGCAACCAACUUUGGCCUAAAGUUUUCAACUUUCUGCCUGGAAACGACGCCAGAUUGAAGACCCAGAUGACCGGAGCCCAAGCCAAGACGUUGGUCGUCGGCGUCAAGCUGGACUCCUACAGCAAGGAGCUUCUGACGUGGGCCCUCGUCAAGGUGGCCGAGCCAGGUGACCAUGUCAUUGCUGUUCAUGUCCUCGACUCCAUCUCUGAGGAGACUUCGUGUUUGCUUUCGCUGGUGAAGACUUUCGAUUCUGUGCUCUCUGCUUACGAAGGUUUCUGCAGCUUGAAGCAGGUUGAUCUGAAGCUAAAGGUGUGUAGAGGGAGUCCGAUAAGGAAAAUUCUAGUGGGGGAAGCACAAGCAUUUCGUGCUGAUACUGUCAUUGUUGGGACUUCCAAAACUCACCAUAGGAUUCGAUCAUCGGUGGCUGUUGCCAAGUACUGUGCCUUGAAAUUGCCCAAGAGUUUCUCGGUUUUUGCUAUCGAUAAUGGCAAGGUUGUUUUCAAGAGGGAAGAAGCCGAUAGCAAUGGGCAGCAGUUACAAGAUGAUCAUCACAAGUCAUCUACAAAGAAUGUCGAUGUUCUCGAAGAUGUUAAAGUCGAUCAAUGUGAGAAGAAAAAGGUCCAGACGAAAUGUCAGAAUUGUGAAGGGGAUUCAGUUAAAUUGGACAAUUCUGGGACUCAGUUGAUGGAUGAGUUGCCUGCCCAUGUAAAUAAGGAUGAUUCAUUGGCUAUGGUUCCAUUCGGAAGUCUCAACUCUAUGAAGACGUCAAAUCCGCACUGUUUUAAACCUGGUUGGUCCAUUCUUCGCUGGACAUUUUUGAGAAGACAGCAACACAAGGAGAAAUCUACUGAAAAGACAUCUGUUUUGGGACGUUUUUCUAAACCAUUGAGUUCCCAUACGUCGGCUCUUGUUUUUCCCGAUCAGAAACACAGUCAUUCUAGCCAGGAUGGAGAUAAUUCUUCCAUGACUGAUGGAAUAAGUGAAGCAACUGUGACACUUGGCUCUAAUGAGAGCUUCCCUCCUCUAACCCCUAACCACAGAAUGGAGAGCCUUCCUGAAGAAUUUUUGGAAUUAUGUAAGAAAUACUCAUCCAGCUGUAGACUGUUUAGCUAUGAGGAACUUUUGUUGGCAACAUCAAACUUUUUGCCUGAGAACAUGGUUGGAAAAGGAGGCAGUAGCCAUGUUUAUAGAGGCCAUCUUUUAGACGGGAAGGAGUUGGCGGUGAAAAUCUUGAAGCCAUCCGCCAAUAUAUUGAAAGAGUUUGUUCAUGAAAUUGAGAUCAUCACAACUUUAAAUCACAAGAACAUAAUCUCGCUAUAUGGAAUAUGUUUUGACAGCAAUUUAGUUUUGGUAUAUGAUUUUAUCUCAAGGGGAAGCUUAGAAGACAACCUUCAUGGUAGUAAGAAAGAUGGGAACUCAUUCGUUUGGAAGGAUAGAUAUAAUGUGGCCUUAGGGAUAGCAGAGGCACUCAACUAUCUACACAAUGGAUGUGAAGAACCUGUGAUCCAUAGGGAUGUGAAGUCUUCCAACAUCCUUCUUUCAGAUGAUUUUGAGCCACAGCUCUCUGAUUUUGGACUUGCAAGUUUGGCAUCUACGUUAUCUCACAUUGAUUGCACAGAUGUCGCCGGAACAUUUGGCUACUUGGCUCCAGAAUACUUCAUGCAUGGAAAAGUUAGUGAUAAAAUUGAUGUCUAUGCCUUUGGUGUUGUACUCCUCGAGCUUCUUUCUGGUAGGCAACCAAUCUACAGCAAAUGUCCCAAGGACCAGGAGAGUCUGGUGAUGUGGGCAAAGCCAAUACUCAAAGGAGGGGAGGUUUCUCAACUGCUUGAUCCAAGCUUGGGGAGUGACUAUGAUCAUGGGCAAAUUGAGAGAGUGGUUCUGGCUGCUAACCUUUGCAUUAGACAUGCUCCUGGACUUCGGCCUGAGAUCAGCAUUGUCCUGAAGCUUCUUAAAGGUGAUGAGGAGAUAACAAGGUGGGCAAGGCAACUAGUCAGUGCAUCUGAUGAACUUGAUGCACUGAAUGGUGAAGUUGUUCCUACAAAUAUCAAAUCCCAUCUUAACAUGGCAUUGCUAGACUUGGAAGAUGACUCCCUUUCUACGAGUAGCGGUGAACAAAGCAUUUCAGUAGAAGAUUACCUGCAAGGUAGAUGGAGUCGCUCAGCAAGCUUUGACUAACUGAUACUUUUGGUGUGACAUGAUCCUGAAAUUAGCACACAUUGUGCUCAAUUAGAAGGCUCUUUUGUAAAUUCCUCUAUCUUUGUUCAUUUUUUAUGCUCUUGGAGUAGAUCCUGGAAGAGAGGUUAUUUUCGUAAGCUUUGACCUCCUCCUUGACUAGGAAAGCUGUAUUGUAAACUGGAAUACGUCUGAGGUUGGUUUUUCUAUUCCACCCUUAGGUCUUUAAAUCUUAUUCUUCAAGAGGAAAGUAGAUUAGAGAACAUGUAGGCCUGGCACUAAGAACUGUUGUUCUACUUAGGUGAGCAUAGUAAUCGUUGCUCUAUGUAUGUUGUAUAUGCAUCCGAAAAGGAACUACAGCUGUAGUGGUUUUUUUUUAAACGUCAAGUCAGUUGUGUAAGAUUGCUGCUUAUUGGGUACCUUUUUAUUGGAAAUGAGGAAAGUUUGGAUUCCUUUCUUUGUCUUA